UGAUGCUUCAACUAAGCUUACUCCAAAACCUAUGCUUUAUGGCAGGGCUCUUCAAAUCUCCCCAAUCCCAAAUCCAGGCCUUGUUUUCAGUUCCCCCAGGUACUUAGAUGAAUAACUACUGAUUCUCAUUGGCUGCAGAGGCUUCACACCUGGUUCACAGGUAAUGGAAGGCUGGAAAAUGAGCAGUUCUCGAGCCUUGAGGACCGUGAUUUGAAUAGCCCUGCUUUAUGGCCUCCUGGUCAGCUUUCACAACACCAGCAGUCACAUGACACAUCUACCUGGUUCCCCCCUAAGGUACCAAGUGUAGGUUCUGGCCCAGCUGAAGUGUUGUUCUCACGGUUGUUGCCUUUGCCAUUUCGAUGGUUUUACCUCAGGUGAACCAGGACUUCACCCUCCUCUUUGGGCUGGAGACCUCCUGCAAGUUGCUGGAGAGUUGGACCCACGUUUUCAAGGCCAAAGUCAUCAAGGAAGCCAAGUGUCUCACGCAGUCGGCCGACCUGUCCGUCCUGCUGAGGAGCGCGGAGCACGAGUCGGACGGCCACUGGGACCCAGCUGAAGACCAGGGGUGGGACAGUGACUUGGCCUCCAUGCUGCUGCUGGUUCACCUUUUGCCCCCACCCCCAGGAAGGAGGAAAUCAGCCAAAAUCAGCGCGCGUGAAGCCGUCGACCGCAUGGUCCAGUUUCAAGAGCUGAACUCCAGACCAGAGCCGAGUCCCCGUGUGCCAGGAGGCCAGCGGCAGCCCUUCCUGGUGGCCGUGGGCCGCAGGAAGGACCAGAUCCAGAGCUUCUUCAUCUCCCUGGAUGGGCGCCUGCUGCCCUGUCAGGCCGGCAGCUCGCUGGGGGCCUUCGACGAGCUCUUCAAAGCACACUUCGUGUUCGGCCUGACCUAUGACGAGGCACUCAGCAGUGUGUACACCUUUCUGCAGACCACCAUUUACCACAUCGACGUGGGCAGCGUGAAGGAAAGCCCCCGAGUUAAGGAGCUGAGGGCCAGGCUGCUCAAUAACUGCUGACCCACCCCUUGGUGGCUGUCCACUUGCUGACCUCCCCAGGACCCCCCUGAUCCCAGGCGCCAGAAAAGACGGAGCAGCUUUGACAGGAAUAAGCAGAAUCAUUUCUGUUACUGUCUUAUGGAUUCUGGCUUCAUCCUCUGACCACUGGGGGGCGCAAUAGCGACCUGUUGAAGGGGACAGGCCCCAUCUCUCAGGUGCUGCUCCUCAGGUCCCUCCCAUCAGACUGCGACCCCAGAUGCUCCGCAUGGGAAGUAAAUGCAAGAGGCUUCACUUCCGUGAGCAUGGAUUGGUCUGCGGGGUCCACAUAUGAAUCAGCCAUUAUAUGUGCUGCAAAGAGAAGAAGCAGAGAUUCCAGGCUGGGUCCAGACCACGUAGCAGAGCGAAGGUCACGUUCCAUUUUGGCUGGUUUAUAGUUCACGACUGAAACGACGGCAUCUCACACCAUCCUUGGCUUAAUCACAUUUUGUUAAUAAGUAUUCAGCUGUGACCGGGUCCAUCGCCCUUAUGGUCAAGCCCAUAACAUUAAUUUUAUGCAUUUUUAAUUUUUAAGCAUUUUAAGUCAUAUUAAAGUUUAUUGUCAUACUGGUGAAAAGUAACAUAAUCAUCCACCCAUCCAUGCACUCAUCCCCCUUACAACCAGUGUGGGACAAGAGUAACCUAGGAAACUUUCAUUCAUUAAUUAAAGUAACUUCCAAGCUAGUUAAAAGUGAUUAAAUCCGCAAGUUAAUAAGGUUAGAAUUUGCAAGUUUAACACAAGUUUAAUUAACAAUUUCAGGGGUGAAAAAUGCACAAACCUAAUUUAUUUUUUGAGCAUUUUUGCAUAAAAUUAGACCAGCCAGCUGCAGAAUUUGCAUAAUUUUGCUAGAAUUUGUAAUUCUGGCGUGUUGGGAGGAAAACAAAUUCACAAACCGCAAAUAGAUCCUUACAAUCUAACGUAGAAAGUAUUAACCGUUUUUAUACUUGAUUUUUGUACUUUGUGCUUAUUACCACAACACAGUAUUUUUUGAGCAGAAGUUGUGUUUGAAAUCCUUUUAUAUACUCAAUGCAUCGAUUUAAUUUAUGGAAUUUAGCUUUAAUUUAAAAAUUUAAAUUUUUAUGGGAUUAAGCCGCAACUGUAGUUGGACAGCAAACUAUAAGGCAGCCUUGCGACUUUAAUGUCGGAAACGACGAAGGGGGGGGGGGCAGCGGAAAGUGGAAACUAUUCAGCAAGUUUCUUAGAGAAGUUCAGAGGUUAUUCUGAGCAGAACCUUCCAUUGUGACCAGUUUUUUUUUUUUUUUUUUUUCGCUGCUCAAAAAUAUUUAACCAAGUUCCAUUGUGGUGUAUGUCAUGUUCUCCUGACACAAGUAAACAAACUGGUGUGACAUUUUUUGAUUGAAAGUGAUGUUAACAGGUAGAUGUUCAGUGCUUUCUUUACAGUUUGUGUGCAAGUUUGUGGCACACAGCCAUUGAGUGUUUCCAGAAUUAGAUUAACUUCUUUAAAUUUGGCGUACUGGAAAAGCUGGGCAGGGUGUAAGGCACUUUGGGAGGAAGCGGCCCUCACAUGCCUGUCACGGUGCUUGGGGCGUAAAGGCAGGAGACCAGCGGGGUUUAUAUUGCAUGACCGUCCCCUGUGUGUCACAGCGGCGUGUCCCGUGCGUGUCCUGUGGAUGCUUUCGCUUUGCCCCUGAGUGAGCCCGCGUCUGGGUGCAGGUCGGCGGUUCAGUGCGGGCUGUUUGCUGCACCCCGAUCUGCGCCUCACAUUUCCAUCUCGUUCCAGUGCCUCUGAGAAGUUGGGGCCCAUUAAUGACAUUUUAAUGUUUAGACAUUUUACAUUUUCAGAUUAGCCGUAAGUUUGUACGCUGGUUAGUUACUGGCCCCUGUGUGGUAAUUAUAAGCAUCAUUUGAAUUAGAUGGGUGAUGGUUGGAUGUUACGCCAAGCAGUAACAUUGACGUGCCAGAUAAUCUGGUUUUGUGUAGUGUAUCAUUACAUAAAAUGUUCAUUAAAUUCUUUUUUAUAACAAUG